AUGCCGGCCGUAAACACCGCGCCACAGUGCACAGAGAAGUGCAGUAGUACUACUCCAACUCAACGAAAUAUGAAUGAUGCUUCUAUUACUCUCACUUCGGAGGUGAGACCGAGUUCUACCAUAUUAUUAUCCACCGCUCAAGUAUUUGCAUCGCACCGCGCUAAUAAAAAUAAACAGGUUGUACGCUGUUUGAUAGACAAUGGUUCACAAAAUCAUUUGAUAACUUUAGAUUGUUGUAAUAAAUUGAACUUGCCCGUUAAUAAAUUGCAUGAUUCUUACCUGCAAGGCGUUGGCAAGUCUUCGAGACCUGUUCAUGGUUUUACUUAUUUUGAUAUCGAAUCUCGUACUGAUCCGAAUAAUAAAUAUCAUAUUUACGCUCUUGUGAUCGACUGCAUCACAGAUCGUCUUCCCGCGAAUUAUGUUGAUAUAACAGAGGAUAUGACUUACCUCAAUAACUUACCGCUUGCUGAAUUAUCCUGGAACAUUCCUAGUGAAAUUGAUGUAGUAUUGGGUGUUCAAUUAUUCCCUUAUAUUUAUUUGGGGAAUAAGGUGGAAUCAGGUUCACGCGCGCCUACUGCUAUACUUACUAGUUUUGGCUAUGUGCUUAUGGGUGACGUACCGGCUCGCUCUAGUCAAUUGCCGACGCACUCAACUGCAUUUUUUACCGCACUUCCGCACACUGAAAUAGAAUCAAGUUUACAUAAAUUCUUUGAAUUAGAAGAGGUUCCUUCUAAAAGCUUUCUUAGCCCAGAUGAGGCAGAAUGCGAAAAUAUUUUUACCUCCUCGGUGAUUUACCAGGAUAAACACUUUAGUGUCGACUUACCGUUCUGCAAAGACCCAUCUGUAUUGGGAGAUUCCCGUUCCGUAGCUUAUAGACGUUUUCAAAUGCUUGAACGAAAGUUUGACAAAGUGGAUGGCUUACGUCAAAACUAUAAUAAAACCAUAAAUGAAUAUAUUCAACAAGGUUAUUUAUCUGAAGCCCCCGAGGCAGACUCAGAUGAGGGUUACUACAUUCCGCACCACGCUGUAUUUAAAGCUGGAAAGGACAGCGCUCGCGCCGUGUUGGACGCCAGCUGUAAAACUCAAUCUGGUUUGUCACUUAACGAUAUUCUUUACGUUGGGCCGAACUUACAGUCUGACCUAUUCUUACUGCUAAUAGACUUCAGAAUAUUUCCUGUUGCAGUCACUGCUGAUGUAAAACAAAUGUUUCUUCGCGUAAGUGUGAAUGAACACCAUCGCAAAUAUUUGAAAAUUCUCUUCCGUUUCGAUCCUCAAGAACCUAUACGCACUUAUCAAUUUAGUAGUCUACCCUUUGGACUCAAACCAAGUCCUUAUAUAGCUAUGCGCACGAUACGCAAGUUAGCGCACGACCAUAGCGACCGCUUCCCUGAUGCUGCUAAAGUAGUAAAUACUCAAUUUUUCAUGGACGACUUUGUCUAUUCGUUACCCGAUGUACCGACCGCAACUAAUUUAUCCCGCGAUUUAAUUGAUUUGUUCAAGUUAGGGUCCUUUGAUCUUAUCAAAUGGACAAGUAAUUCUCCCGCACUGCUUGAGGCUCUUCCAGACUCACACCGCUCACCUGUCAGUUUCUCUGAUACAGGUAAUAAUAAUUUUAAAAUACUGGGAUUGUCCUGGGAACCUGCUGAUGAUAAUUUUUCCUUCACUACUGUCGCAGUCGACAGUAAAUGUACAAAACGCAGUAUUCUUUCUCUGGUUGCUCGCUUAUUUGACGUUCUCGGCCUAGUUGCUCCCGUCGUCCUGUUUGCCAAGAUUUUGGUUAAGGAACUUUGGUUAAGCAAGAUAGACUGGGAUGAAGUGCCUCCGGAAUCCAUUCAAAAUCGUUUUGCUGCUUUUCUAUUAGAUUUGCCCGCUCUUUCGACCAUGAGUAUUCCGCGUCAUAUAGGUGUUAACAUGGAUUGCGCAGUAAACAUUGUUGCUUUCUGCGAUGCUAGUCUCAAUGGCUAUGGUUCCUGUAUUUAUUUACACAUAACUGACCCUGCAGGUAAUAUUGUUGUCAGGCUUCUAUGUGCUAAAUCUAAAGUCUCACCAAGUAAAAUCCAAACGCUAGCACGCUUGGAACUCGUCGCUGCUUUACUUCUUUCAAAACUUGUGCGAGUAGUUCGAGAGAGAAUAUCCGAGCGCAUUCCAAUUGUAGGAAUAUAUGCUUUUUCUGACUCCACGAUAGCACUUUCUUGGAUACAUUCGUCUCCUCAUAGAUGGUCUAUUUUCGUUAGUAACAGAGUAGCCAAAAUCCAAGAAAAUCUACCGCCUCCUUGUUUUCAUCACGUGUCGGGCAAAGAGAACCCCAGUGAUUGUAUGUCUAGAGGGAUGUUACCUUCUCAGCUGAUUUCUCAUUCAUUAUGGUGGGAUGGUCCAGUCUGGCUUCAAAGACCUGUCAAUGAAUGGCCUAUCGAUAUAUUUACUCCAUUAGAGAGUGAAACUCUGCCAGAGUUUAAAGAUAAAAGCAAUACGCUUAUUGUUGCUGCUCCUUCUGAGCCUUCUUUAAUUGAUGAAAUAUCGAACCACGUUAAUUCCUGGAAUAAGCUUCUAAACACGUUUUAUUAUAUUCUGAAAUUCACAAAAAGGUUGCCGAGUAAUGAGCUCGUAGCCAAUAGAAAUGCGUCGGAGAUUUUUAUACUCAAAAGCAUUCAGAGCGUUCAUUUUAACAAAGAAAUUGAAUUGUUAAAGGCUGUCCUAAUGAACUUCAAGGCGGGGAGCAUGGUUGGGCCUAUGUCCAACUUUCUUAUCUUCCGUUUCUUCGGUGGCUCCAACUCUCAAAAUUAUCUAGCUGCAUGA